AUGUUCCGCCGACUACCUCAUACUCUUCCACCAGACCCCUCAUUUCCUCCAGAUCUCGAAACACUGGGCUUCUUCAUCAAUGAGGAUGAUCAGAUCCGAAUGAUUAAGAACCCAACUCAGAAGUAUCAAUACCAGAUCAAUCGGAAUGACAGAGUCAAUCAGGUCUACAAAGAGGCAAACAAUGCUGCCGUUCGCAAGAUCAUUCGACAUCGGCUAUUUGAGUUAGCGUUGGAAACUGUGAGAAUCCCCUUGGGCGCAAGCGAAGGUGAAAAUCACGUUCCAAUCCUUGUCUCAAAGGACAUCGGAACCAAAGAUCGAGUCAUCGUCUUCUUCGGAGAACGAGCCUAUGAACCUGGACUUUUGUCCUGGCGAGUGAUCGGUGAAGAGGGUAUCAAAGUUGGGUCACUUCUCGAUUUUGUCGGUGCUGCCCUGUUUGGGCCGACUCCCACAUCCCAACAUGCAGGUCCAGGUAUCGUGAUCGCAAAUCCCUGUCAAUUACUAUGGUAUCGGGGUGGUGCCCGAGCGGUGUCCUCGAAUGAAUGGCUCAAUCUCCCUCGUGAAUCAGCGGUCCACGAGGCUUUCCGGGUAGAUGAAGUCAAAAACAAAAUUCCCGGAAAUCGAAACUACGAAGAGCACGUCCACUACAUCUUCGACCACGUCCUCCCUAUCCUGGUGAAACAGGAAGCCAGACUUGAUAUCAUCGGUCUCGAAUUUCCGGGUUCCGCAGUAGUUGAGUAUCUGUCUGCUCAUUGGGAUCCAUGGUCCUCUCGAAUCACUGGAAUAUCUCUCAUUGCUCCCCAGCACAAGAUACAAGAUCUCAUUGAUGAUGGAGCCCCCAUCGAGUUCGUCGAAUUCAUUUCGAAACGAUGUCGAGCCUAUUUCGUGUCACCUUCACGGUUGGAAAAGCCCAUAGAGGGCAGAGAAAGACUUGGAUGCAACUGCUACUCCAGCGGAGAAACAAUGUAUCAGGAUAGUGCCAUGGUCCGCUGCUGGGGGAGUGUCCUGGACUGGUUCAACAUGCUCCAUGCAAAUCCGGAAUACCAGGAGGUUGAAUUCUUGAGCAUCGAGGAUGGCAAAGCGGGGGAGGAAGCAAACUUGGGCUGGUGA